AUGGCGCCAACAGCCACACCUCCCCCUCCCACCCCUACCUUUCUCAAGCUGUCCUUCCCCGCGCCCAGAGUCCUGCUCGUGCGCAUGGACAGGCCACGGGAUCUCAAUGCCAUGUCUACGACGGGACAGUGGGAGAUGGACUCGGUAUGGAAGUGGUUCGAUGACGAGCCCAACCUGAGCGUUGCCGUCAUCACGGGCACGGGACGUGCGUUCUCGGCCGGCGCCGACCUCAAGGAGUGGAACAACUCCAUGUCGGACGAUGCCGACCCGAGCAAGCGCAUGGGCAACGCUCCGGCGUUCAAGCCUCUGAGCAGGCGGCUGGGAAAGAAGCCCGUCAUCGCCGCCGUCAACGGCUUGGCCAUGGGUGGCGGCUGCGAGUUUGUCGUCAACUGCGACCUCGUCGUCGCCGCCGAGGACGCGUACUUUGGCCUCCCCGAGGUGAAGCGCGGUAUUGCCGCCAUUGGCGGUGCCCUCCCCCGUCUUAUCCGGACGAUUGGCCUGCAGCGCGCAUCCGAGUUUGCUCUGUCGGCUCGCAACGUGACUGCACAGGAGAUGUAUCAGUGGGGGAUCGUCAACAGGGUCGUGCCCAAGGAGAAGGUUGUGGAGGAGGCUGUCAAGCUGGCAGAGUCCAUCGCGAAACACAGUCCCGACGCCAUCAUCUGCACGCGUGCCGGUCUCCGGCAAGGCUGGGAGACGGCCAGCGUCGAGAGGGCGGUCGAGUGGACGCUCGAGAAGGAGUUUGCCGAGUUGCAAAAGGGCGAGAACAUUCUCGAGGGCCUCAAGGCCUUUGCCGAGAAGAGGGAGCCCCGGUGGAAGGGAAGCAGGUUAUGA